AUGAAUAAUAAAGCUGAAUAUGACGAUCAUUUUAUUUUUAGUAAUGAAUGGGAUGAACUUACAUAUAAACGCCCAGAUAAGGGAAUUUUAAAUAAGAAUAACAACAUAGCUAAAGAUAUGAAUGAUAUGGAUUUUUUUUUUGACAACUUUGAAAAUAACAAUGAGAAACCGAAUAACGAAAAUGUAAAAAACGAAAAAAUAAAUAGAGAUACAACUGUGAAUACAUUUAAUGAUUCCUUAUGGUUGGAAUCAGAUAGCAGUAAUAUUUCAAUCAAUAAAACACAGGAAGAACACAAAAAUAUUACAAAUAAUUGUGAAAAUUCCUAUAAAAUGAAUGAAAAUAUAAAUAACAGGGAUGACUUAGGAUUCCCUAUUGAUAAAAAAGUUGAUAUUAAUCCUAAAUUAGAUUUAUGGGAAAAUAAUAAUAACUACGUACCUAAUAAUAAUUCAAUGAGAGAAAAAAAAACAAACUUUUAUAAUUACAAAUGUAAUGCGGAAAUUUUUGAUUCUGAUAUGUUUCCCAUUCAAGAAAAUAAUAUUACAACAACAAUGAAUAAAAAUAAUUUGAAAUUAGAUUAUCCUCAAUAUAUUUUUAAUGAAUAUAAUAUAGGAGAUAAUCAUAUACAAGAUGAAAAUAAUGCUCUUAACGAUAUUAACUUUGAUGUUAAUAUUUAUCCAAAUGAAGAUACAAUUAAUGUAAAUAAUGAAAAUAAAAAUGAUAAAGAUAUGAGUACAAAUGAACAAAAUAAAAUUCAUAAGAAUUCUAAUGAAAAUAAGAAUGAAGCAAGUAAAAAUAUGAAUGUAGAAUAUAAUAAUAAAAAAGGAUAUACUCACGAUUCUAUUCGUAAAAAAAAGACUAAUGAUGUUUUUAUUAAUAAUAGUAAUCUUGAUUUUGAUACUAGAAGCGGAGCUAGUGAUAAAACAUGCAAUGAUAGUAGUAUAAAUAAUUGUAGUAUAUAUAUUAACAAGAGUAAUGAUAAUCAUUCUUUUGAUAAAAAUAUGAUUCACAAAUCUAUAAAUGAUAAUGAACUUAUAAAUAAGUCCAAUAGAAGCGAAAAUGUUGAUUGCAAUCAAAAUGAAAAAAAAAAUUCAUCUGCUAAGUUAUUGAGUAAAGACAAAAUGGAUGCAAAAAAAACAAAAAAAAUUGUAUCAAAAAAAAGUAUUAAUAGUAACAGUUCCUUAGAAAGUUCUAUAAAUACUGUAAAUAGCUCGAUAUCUGAUGACAAAAACAUAAAAUUAAAAAAAAAAAAAAAAAAAACUAGCCACAGCGAUAUUAUGACGCGUUCAUUAACAUUAUCAGAUAAUCUAGACGAUACUAAAAAUAUUUUCCAAGGAAAUAAAAAUAUGAAAUUAAAAGAUACAAGUACACAAUCAGUUAAUAGUAAUCAAGAAGAAAAAAAAAUAAGAAAAAAAAAACAAAAAAAUUGCACAUCAUCUGAUGAAAAUAUGAUUGACACAAGAAAAGUUAGUGAUGAAAAGAAAUUUUUUAGUGAAAUUAAGGAAUAUUUAGACAACAAAAAUACAAAAGAAAUAAAUGUAAAACAAAUUAAUGAGAAUAACCUUACUUAUGACAUUGACAUAAAAAAUAAUUCGAAAGAAAAAACAAAAACUUCCAAGAAACAAUUAAGCCCUUCAAAAGAGUCAUCGUCAAAGGGAAAAAUAAAAAAAAAGGAAAAAAAAGUUAUUUUAAAACAAAAUAAUAGCAAUAUUCAGAAAACAAAUGAAAAACAAAAAACAAACGAAAACAAAUGUAAAAAAGUAAAUACUGAUAAUUCACAUGGUAGUUCUUUAACAGAAGAAAAAAAUAUUCUUAAUAUAAAAAACAAAUGCGAAAAUACAGAAGAUAGUGAAAUAAAUAUAACAAAUUAUUUUGAAAUUAGAAAUGAUGAAAAAGAUAUUUUAAAAAAAAAUAGUCUGGAUAUUAUUAUUAAUUCGUCAAACACAAAAAAUGUUAAAUUAAAUUCAUUUAAUCAUAUGAAUACAUCUACUAAAAACAAAAGUGAUCUUCCCGAUGAUCAUGAUACAUCAUUCAAUAAUAAUGAUUAUUGUGAUGAAAUAAUCCAAUAUAACUCUUCAAACGAAAAAAUAAAAAAUGAAACAUCAAUUAAUCAAACAUAUGAAAAGAAUUAUGCCUAUGCCUCCAAUGAAAGUUACAUAGAAAAAAUAGAUCAAAUAAACCUACGAAAAAGUAAAUCUUAUUCUGAAGAUACCUAUUUUCAAGAAGAAUGUUAUCAAAAACACCAUACCCCAUUACAGGAAGAAAUGGAAACCAAAUAUAUUGAAAAAGAAAGAAAGACAAAAACAAAGGAUAAUGAAAAUAAAACAGAGAUAAAAGAUAUAGAAAAAGAUUGGACAAAAAAAGGAUUUAUAAAAAGAAUAAAAAAAGAGAAAGAAAGUGAAAAAAGUAAAUAUAUAGAAGAGGAAAUUAAAAGAAACAGAAAUAUUAUACAAAAUGAAGAAAUAGAUAAAAUUAUAGAUAUUAAACAAGGUAAGAGUAAUAAUGAAGAAAUUGAAAAGGAAGAAAAUAUAAAAAACUCAUAUGAAGAAAAUACAACAAAAAGUAGAUCAAAUAUUCAACAAAAAAGUCGCAAAAUUAAAGAUAUCUUUAUAUCAUUUAUAAAAAGAGAUGACUCAAAAAAAAAUGAAGAUACAUUAGAAAAAAAUGCAGAAAAUAAAAAAAUGUUAAAAAAGGAAAAUACAAGAUUUGAUGAAAUAAAAUUAAAUAAAAGAAAUGAAAGUGAAAAAAAUAAAACAAAUUUUUAUAAUUUAAAAAAAAAAUCUUAUGAUGAAGAUGAUGAAAAGUCUAAGAAAAAAUUAUUUUCAAAAAAAAAAUUCUUUAGUGAUGCAUCACAUGAUUUUAUACAAAAUGAAUACAUUAAAAAAGAAAAUAUAUUAGAAAAAAAUAUAAUUAUUAAUAAUGAAUCAGAUGAAAAGUCUGUUUAUAUUCCACCAAAAGAAAAUAUAAAUAGUGACAACACAUUAGAAACGAAUUCAGUAAUUAAAAAGAGACCAAACACUUUAUACAAUAAUUUUUUAGAAAGCUUAAAACAUCCUUCUUGUAAAAAUGUAGUUGAAAAAGUAAAGAAUUUUAUUUUAAAAUUUCCUCAAAAUUUAAGUAGAGAAAAAGCAGCAAAUAAAAUUCACAACUUUAUAAGUGAAACACAACCUAUUUUAUUAAAUUCAGAAAUUUAUAAAAAUUUAAAUAAAUAUCAAAUAAAUAUGAUAAUAGAAGGCUAUGAGAAAUUUAUUAUGCAGAAAUUAUACUUUCAUUUGUAUCAGAUGGAUACUAAGGAUAAAGAUGAAGACGAAAAAAUAUAUACAAAAAUAAACUGUUUACAGUGGGUAGAAUUAAAGCAUUUAGAAGUAAUUGAAGAAAUAAAUUUAGAUCGUUUGCAAAUUGCACAAAGAGAGCUUUUAAGAAUACAAAAAAUGAAAGCACCCAAUGAUAAAUUAAUUAUGAUUUUAAAUUGUUGCCGUAUUGUUACGUCAGUUCUAUAUGAAGCAAAAAAAAAUCAUAAAAAAAAUAAAAUAAAUAAAAAGAAAUUGCUUAACAGCAACAGUGAGUAUAAUAAAAGUAACCUUGAUGAUAAUAUAGAUGAAAAAAAUAAGCAAGACUUAAUAAAUAAAUAUAUAAAAAACAUAAUUGAAAACAACCACAUAAAUAGCUCUAAAAAAAAUAUCGAAGGAAAUAAUGGAGAUAAUACUAAAGGAGAUACAACAUAUGAAAACUCAAAUGAUUACGAAUAUCCAGAAGAAGUUCAAAAUAAAAAUAACUAUCAGUAUUUAGAGGAAAAUGAAAAUAAAGAUACUCUUAAUAAUAACUCUAAUGACAAUAUAAAUAAAAGUUUAAAAUUGUCUAAAAAAUACUUAAACACUGACACAGUAAUAGAAAGCGAUGACGAGUUACUACCAUGUGCUGAUGAAGUAUUACCUGUUUUAAUUUUUGUUAUAAUUAAAACUAAUCCACCUGAAUUAAUUUCAAACAUUGCGUAUAUUCAGAAUUUUAGACAUCCUAGUCACUUUGUAUCUGAAGAAGCUUAUUCUUUUACCCAAUUUUGUAGCGGAAUUGAAUUUAUUAAAGAGCUAGGGAAAACCACUUUUUUAAAUAUAUCAGAAGAUGAAUAUAAAAAGAAAGUUUCAGAGGCAGAGAAAUUAUAUUUAAAUGAAGUUAAAGAAAGUAACAAAAAGUUACAAGAAGCAGCUGGUAAAUUAAAUGAGUUAAUUAAAUAUUCUAAUGAAAAAAAUGUGUACAACAAUAUUGUCAAUAAAAUUGAAUCUUUAAACUUAAAUUUUGAAAAAACAGAAAACUUAGAUUCUAUAAGUAUAUCAAAUUUAUCAUUAUUUUUUGAAGAAUACAAAACCCUUGUUAAAUUAAAAAAUGAUAUUUUAAAAGAAGUACAAGACCAUUUUAAUGAAAAUACGAAUCAAAAAUAA